UUCGAUUUCUCUUAAUGUAUAAUCGCCUUAAAAAGAAAUAUCUUUAAAAUAUAGAUGUCGCAUCUGUAACCGGAAAACUUCUAGUAAUAAUCAAAUUUCAAUAAAUAUUUAUUACAAAACAAAAUUUUACGAUAUUAUUUUGCAAUGAUUAAAUUAGAAAAUAAUCAAUUUAAAAAUUUUAAUUAUAUUUAAGCGAAUUAAUAUAUAUUAAUAAAGGAGUGUUGAAUUUGAUUCGUGAUGUAUUUUCGAGUGACGCCGUAGCCAUGAUUGUUAGUUUCGGGGGGAUGAAAAGUGAAUGCGAGCAACGGAUUUGAAUGAAACGCGUGUGAUCGCAACAUAUCGACUUGUUUCUCUAUUUAAUGAGUGUGUUUGUUAAUUGAGAAAUAUGGCGUUACAAUUGUUGGGUGCCGCCGCUUCCGCGGCACAACAUUGUACUUUCAAACUUUCGACUGAUUUAUAGCUAAUAUAUAAAACCAUAAAGUAAAAUGAGCAUCGUGUAUAGUUUAUUAUAUAAUACGUCUUUUAUUUGAUUUGUAAUGAUUAUAUUGAUUAUGUAUUUGAAAUACACACUAUUUCUGUGAGGAUACUAGAAAAUAUAACCGAGUAUCACACUGCAUAUAAAUCGAUAUACACUCUGAGCCAAUUAGAUAUUUGUUUGAAAUGUGGUUACGAAGUGAACAUGUUAGUAGAAGACUACGUGGUCGUUUAAAUAUAAGUUGUACAUCUGAAACUAAAAUAUACAAUUAUCGGGUACAAGUUAGGAACAUACGAAAACUUCCUUCUAUAAAUAAUAGUAGUAAUCACAUUAAUAUACCAAAUAACAAAUAUGGUAGGCUGACACGAUGGAGACGUAGAUGUACUCAUUUUUUAAAAGAGGCUUGUAAAGAAAAUGUUUUACGUUUCGCAAAAUCUGCGCCUAAUAGACGAGUGAGAGGACCUCGUAGAAGAAAAUGCAUAAAACGAUCAAUGGUUACUUCAACACCCUUACAUCGAAUUUCUACAAAAAAUGCAGUUACUCCAGAAAAAUGUACAACAGUACAUACAACAAAAGUUUCUGAAGAAUCUAAAGAAAACUGGAAUGUAACUAGUUUAUCUUUAUACUCAUCCAUAUUAAAUACAGACACAUGUUGCUCCUCCAUAUCCAGUGUAAAUGAUUUCAAAUCUUCAGUUCCAAGUGUAUCAACACUGUCAAAUCUAAUGCCUCCAGCAUCUAUAGGAUCAAAUUCAGAUUUUUCAUAUAUAUUGGAUGAUGAAGAAAGUAAAAAUAUUGAUACUAGAUCGCUAUAUUAUUCCACUUCUUGCUCACAAACAGAAGUAUCUGAAGAAUGUUAUAGUUUAAUGCAUUCUGCAUCCAUGUAUGGAACUCGUUCUUAUUCAUUAGAAAAGUAUUUUCCAAAUGGAAAAUACGCACUUAGCAAUAAUAAUGCGAAUAACAGUUUGUCAAAAAAUCAAUGUUCUGUUGACAGUCAUCUGUCAAAAUAUGAUUCUAACUUUGCUACUACAAAGUAUGGUACAUCAACCAUGUACAAUCUAAGCCAUCAUCAUCCAUCUGAUACAAAUGGAAAUGUUACUGAAAAAUACAAUUCUGAUGAUAUUGAAAACAAUUAUCAUGAUGUUGAAUAUAUGGAGGUUGGAAGUGAGGAAAUAGUAGAAAGUUGUGAUAUGGAAAAUAUGGUUACUCAUGUCCAAGAAGAUUGGGAACCAUUUGAUCCUUAUGUCUUCAUUAAACACUUACCACCUUUAACUCCAGCAAUGAGAGCUAGAUGUCCUGCUCUUCCUCUUAAAACAAGAAGCAGUCCAGAAUUUAGUCUCGUAUUAGAUUUGGAUGAAACAUUAGUUCAUUGUAGUUUACAAGAACUUUCGGAUGCAGCAUUUCGUUUUCCUGUCGUCUUUCAAGAUGUAACGUAUACAGUGUUUGUCAGAACACGACCCUAUUUUCGCGAAUUUUUAGAACAUGUUUCAUCAUUGUUUGAAGUUAUUCUUUUUACUGCGAGUAAACGAGUUUAUGCAAAUAAAUUAAUGAAUCUAUUAGAUCCAACACGAAAAUUGAUCAAGUAUCGUCUGUUCAGAGAACACUGUGUUUGUGUAAAUGGAAAUUAUAUCAAGGAUUUAUCUAUACUUGGUAGAGAUUUAUCUAAAACUGUUAUAAUUGAUAAUAGUCCACAAGCAUUUGGAUACCAGUUAGAAAACGGUAUUCCUAUAGAAAGUUGGUUUGCUGAUCGUUCAGAUAAUGAAUUAAUGAAAUUGUUACCUUUCUUAGAAAAUUUAGUAAAUUGGGGUGGAGAUGUUAGACCACGUAUUAGAGAACAAUUUCGACUCUUCAGUUUUUUACCACCAGAUUAAUUUAGUUAAUUCUAAUUUUAUCAGAUUAAUUUAGUUAAUAAGCAAAAUUAAAAUUUAAAAAUAUGCUAGCCUACAUAGGUACAUAUGUGUAUAAUAUCUUACAGAUAAUUGUAAGAUAUUAAUACAAAGCGUGCAAUAAUACAAAAAAAAAAAAAAUACCGGUGUAUUAA